UGUAUGUAGAGCUUCAAAAUGAAAAAAAAGAAGAAAUGGGAGUGAGACAAAAAAGCAAUUUACAUUGUUCCCUUGCUCUAUCGCGGUUUGCCUUUUGCAGAUUCGCUGUUUCGCUGUUUUAUUUUAGUGCUUACUUAUUUUGUUACAGUAUAAUAGCUGUUACAGGCCGAGCAUAGCCCUUUAAGAAGAAUUGCAUGAUGGGAAGUUGAGUGUCUCUGUCUUCCCUUGCUCUGUCUAGGGACUCUAGCUCUGUCUGCACCGCCCAAUGUUUUCUGCGUCCUGAUUGGCUAUAGACCAUUGUCAAUCAAUCUUCUUUGUGCUGCCCUGCGUGUCUCCUGUGUCAUCGCUAGCUUGCUUGGUAGCUUGUAAAUGAAUCUUCGGUUUGCCCCAUUUUGAAGAGCUUUUUUCUUCUUGAAAGCCUUCUCUGGCAGAUGGCGUCUGAUGGUUAUUGGACUGCACUCGAUACCACUAGCAACCUUCAUUUGGGCCGAGGGUGGUCCCGUGUCUUGACGGACAGCAAGUGGGAUCCCUUAUUUUGGGUCUACCACUUGACUUUUUUGUUCCAUGAGCCUCAGGAUGAAGUUUGAAAUGGCUGUGUUACUGUGUUCAACCUCAGCAGCAAUGGUGCACUGCGAGAGGCCUUGCUUAUGCAGCUCAACAAUCCCACACCGUUCUAAGAGAGAAAGCUUUUUUGCCAACCUACUCCACUUGAAUGCUUCUUUGCGAUAAAUUGCUUUUUUGUCUCACUCCCAUUUCUUCCUUUUGCAUUUUGAAGCUCUACUUCUUCCUAAAAUACAACAGUGCAAAAUGUACAUUCUUGACAUUUUUCAACUGCUCUUAACAUUUUGAUCAGGUGUGUAUAAGUCACCCCUUACUAUAAAUCCCAGCCAAACUAUGAAAAAAGUGCAACUUAUACUCUGGCAGAUAGGGUAUAUUGUCAUUCAUCAUGGUGCUAAAGUGUGUCCUUGUUUUUGUAAAUGGGGAAACUGGGGCAGUGUUUUUUAAUUUUUUUUUACAUAUAUAUACAGUAUACUGUAUAUGGAGAAAAUGUGUUUUAUAUUUUUAACAUCACCAUUGCCUCAUUGUCUUUCUAUAUGGGCGAGUGACUUAGUAUUUGAAUAAAAAAAGUACAUUUCGUACAAUUAAUUUCGUUCCCUGAUGAAAUUCUCUAUUCGAGAUAUAGAUUUUCAGCCGAGGGAAUGCGCUACAUUUGCUCACUUUUUGAGACAAUCAUCAGGAAUAAAACGCACUAUGAAAUAUUAAUUUGGCAGACGUGUUUGUCACAGCAGUCCUUGCGUGAGUACUCGUUAGUCUACUUAUUUUCCAACAUUUUCUUGAGCAAGAAGCACCCUGGUAUGAUCAACGACUGCAACAAAGGAUUCAGUGCCGUAAAAUAUGAAAACAGUCUAGACAUAUUUCAAAGAUGAACAAAGACAGUUGUUGCGCCAGUUUGUUUUUUUGUUUGUUUUCUUAAUAAUUGAAAGUUGUGCAAUGUUUAGCGACUAGUAGGGUGAUUAGUAGGGUGACUAGUAGGGUAUAGAUGGUAUAAUAAUUAGUGUAGACUUGCACAUUUACACACUCACUCAGGGGCGGACUCACCAUCAGACAAACACGGCAACUACCUAGGGUUCUGAGAUUUCCAGGCGCCCCAAAACGUCGGAGUGAAACAAACUUGUCGACGCAGUUUGGAGGAAAAUGAAGCCAAGUUACCCCAGUGGAGCGGAGAAGAGGAAAACAAACAGCUUUUAUCAAAGCUAGCGAAGGUGUCAACAAACUUAAGACACAUGAGAUCAGUAGCACCGCUACUGUCAGUGGCGGCCGUGGAGAAUGCAGUAGUUCUAGAGAUGAAGCUUUUCAUCACAAAGAUGUGAGUAUUAAAGCAGUAAACUACGUUACAUGUUCUCAUCAAUGACAGUAAAAGCGUUGAGAUGAUUCACUUGUUGUAUUCACUUGAGGAAUGAUCUGCUCAGUCUUUCAGUGGAGCAGGGCAGUGAUAGUAAUCUGCCACUGAAACUGCUUUUCUGUCGGGAGACGAUGCUGUACAUUGUGUCCUUUGUGUCCUUUUGUCCAGGCGUGUGGCGUCCUCCUUCUUGAGGCUGCUCCCCCAGCACACUACUGCAUACAGGAGGGCACCAGCUAGCACAGUCUGGUAGAAGAUCUGUAGCAGCUUCUUGUAUAGGAGGACGCCAGCCUUGAGGAAGUACAGACGGCUCUCCCUUUCCUGCACAGAGCAUCCAUGUUGGCAGUCCAGUCCAGUUUAUCAUCCAGAUGCACUCCCAGGUAUUUUUAGGUGUGAACCACCUCCACACGGUCACCUUUAAUGAGAACAGGUUCUGGGUGUGUCCUGUUUUUCCACCACCAUUUUCCCGGUCUUGGUGGUGUUGACAAAGUCCUGGAUCAGUUUUCUGUCCUCAUUGUCCACCCACAAUGGGCGUGUCGUCCGUGUACUUCUGUACAUGGCUGAGCUCAGAGUUGUACUGAAAGUCGGACGUGUGCAGGGUAAACAGAACAGGAGAGAGCACAGUUCGCUGCGGUGCUCCCGUGCUGCUGGUCACAGUGUCGAACGUGCAGUUUGUCCCUGAGGAGCUGAGGCUGGGUGGUGGUAAAGGCGCUGGAGAAGUCCAAAAAUGUCAUCCUCACAGCACCACUGCCUCUGUCCAGGUGAACGAGAGAUCGUUGGAGCAAGAAGAUGAUGGCGUCCUCAACUCCAAACUCCAAACAUAUUUCAAAAGCAGAUUAUCAGAUUACAUAGUCAGGUUUUAUAAAAAAUUAAGGGCCCCAGUUACUGGGUUUGCCUUGGGCCCCCAAAUGACUAAAUACUCCCCUGCCAACAACAAACAAAAACACUAAAAACAUUCCUAAAGUCUUACAAGAUAUGUUUAUCAUGAGUGUGAACCUUUUUUGAGGCAUAUUUCUCCCAAACAACACUGGUCAAUUGACGCAAUAAGUUCCAUUUACCGUUUCUAUGGUCACUUUUUUCCCCCUCGUUCCUCGUUUACUUGACGGUUUACUGUCAUUUGAACAGCAGAUGAUCUUUAAUCAAGCGCCACUUAGCAACUAGUCCCGGGAUCGGAUAAAAUAUGGACCCCGAUAAAAUUUGUACCGCCCAUUUUGCUCAUGCACUAAAAUCAGCAAUACAUAUUUUAUGCGUUUACGCAUGCAAUCUGUACCCUUGGAACGAUGUGUAUGAUGUAAAUACUGAUAAAUACACAACAUAAUGUGUUCUUUGGCGCCCUAACCCUAACGCUAACCCGCAUGCGCCAAUACCAAAUAGGUGCAAAUUACACAGAGUCCGUUUUUUAUGCCACAACAGCCCAAAUGUGGAUGUCCCGCUUUAUGCACACACGUCAUCUUGACAUCCUAUGUCCACACGGUGGCAGUGUUGCGCCAGUCAGGCGCCUUUGCUGCAAAACACACACACACACGCGCACACAAAGCAGAAUAACAGAGCAGCAGCUGAUCAAUUCACACCACCGUGCUCUCUUGCAGGCAAUCAAUCAAUAUGUGAGGACAGAGGGAAGGACAGGAAGGAGGCGGACAGGACAAAAGGGGGCACGGCUUGGAUAUUAGCGGUAGAGGGACAAGAGGAGAAAAAGAGGGCACGUGUUUUGUGUUUUUGACGUCACAUUUCAGGUUGACGGUGAUGGUUUGGGAGGAGGAGAAGGAGAGCGAGGGAUGGGCCAAUGUGUCUGAAAGAGAGAGAGAGAGAGAGAAAAUAUGUGAGAGCAUCUCUGGCGCUGCCACCGCAUCCUCCUGCCAGACACAGGACGCACAUCCUGCUCAGUAGGGGGGGGCGGGACCAUCUUCACAUGGACGCGUGAGGAUUUACCUGUUCUUCCUGGAUACCUGGAGCUGGAAACUGACAUUAGAUGUGAAAAAGCGCCACAGGAGCCGACCGUUUAAGAGCUACUUGUGUGUCAAGAUGAGCGUGCCCAUGUUAAAGAUUGGCGCCGUGCUCAGCACCAUGGCCAUGGUCACCAACUGGAUGUCCCAGACGCUGCCUUCACUGGUCGGACUCAAUGGAACCAUCAUCUCCCACGAGGGCACGCAUGAGCGCAUUGUCAGUGGUUUGUACCCAGGCUCAGAGGAGGCGUGGCAGGUCUACAGCACCGCCUCCGACCCGGACGGCAGGUGCGUGUGCGCGGUGGUUGCCCCCGCGAGAAACCUCUGCAAACGAGACCCUCGCAGUCAGCAACUCCACCUGCUGACCCAACAGGUCCAGAACUUGAGUCAGUCCAUGGAGGGGGUCCACCUACGGACCUCCAGAGACCUGCAGCACUUUCGAGAGUCUGAGCCGCUCCUGAGGGGGGUGGAUGGACGUUUGCACACGUAUGUGGGCACCCCCCGCACGCUGACAUCCAAGGGUCUGCAGGAGUUGAAGGGUCAGGUGACUCAGCUGCAGCCUUUGCUGUCCACGGCGGAGCAGUACCGCUCGGACCUGCAGACGCUGGCCACCCUGCGCGCCGAGCUGCUCAACCUGUCCAUCAUCCUGACGGCCAUUCAGGAGGAGAUCGGCGCGUACGACUACGAGGAGCUUCAGCAGAGGGUGCUGCUGCUGGAGACCAGGCUGCACAGCUGCAUGAACAAACUGGGCUGCGGCCGUCUGACAGCCGUCAGUGGUCCCGUCACCGUGAGGGCGUCCGGGUCCCGCUUUGGCUCCUGGAUGACAGACGCCAUGAUUCCCAGCUCUGACAGCAGGGUGUGGUCCAUGGACGGCUACUACAAGGGCAGGCGUGUGCUGGAGUACAGAACCAUGGCCGACUUCACCAAGGGCCAGAACUUUGUGCAGCACCUGCUGCCGCACCCCUGGGCCGGGACGGGUCACGUGGUCUACAACGGCUCUCUGUACUACAACAAGCACCAGAGCAACAUCCUGGUGCAGUACCACUUCCGUUCGCGCAGCGUGUUGCUGCAGCGCAGCUUGAGCGGCGCGGGCUACAACAACACCUUCCCCUACAGCUGGGGGGGGUCUUCCGACAUCGACCUCAUGGCCGACGAGACGGGCCUGUGGGCCGUCUACACCUCCAUCCCCAACGCUGGGAACAUACUGGUGAGUCGCUUGGAUCCCCGCUCGCUGGACGUCCUCCGCAGCUGGGACACGGGCUUCCCCAAGCGCAGCGCGGGUGAGGCCUUUAUGAUCUGCGGCGUCCUCUACGUCACCAACUCCCACCUGGCGGGCGCCAAGGUUCACUUUGCCUACAACACCAACACGUCCACGUACGAGUACACGGACGUGCCCUUCCACAACCUCUACUCUCACAUCAGCAUGAUGGACUACAACCCCCGUGAAAGGGCGCUCUACACCUGGAACAAUGGACACCAGGUGCUCUACAAUGUCACGCUGUUCCACGUCAUACGCACCGACGGGUAGGCGACCGUCUCCUCCUUCACCGGAGCGCCGUCUGCCGACUGGGUCGCGGCUCUGAAGAGUCACCGCAGAGCGCCGCCGCCACCGCCGUCUUGAGGACACCUUGAGAACAAAGACGGGCUGCUUGAGCUCAUCCAUAUUCUGUUUGGUCCCCCCCAAUCCCCAACCCCGUCCUCCCCACUCGUGUCUGAGCAUUGCGCUACAACAAAGCGGACAAACGGCAUUUCAAGUCUGUGACGGAGCUGCUCUGGGUUUGUGGUGUGGUGGUGUGCAGUCAGCAUGGUUGUUUUCUUUCAAUAAACUUCACCAAACUUUACCGCUGCUUCUUCUUUUUCAGAGACGUGCGACUCUCAGCUCGCUAAAAGGGCCCCAGUCAGUCUGGGGAAGAUGGCCAGUAAAAGACUCCAGGUAGGAUUAGCAUUGGCAUUCAUGUGACGUGAGUCAGCGGAUUGUCGCUGGUUGACUGGAAUAUUCAUCGCUGUUUUUGGCCAAACAUGCAAGCUAACUUUGGCUGGCUACUUUUGUUGUAGCGACUGCUACUCAUGCUUAAAAAUUAGCAUGAAGUAAUGCCUGAGCAGAUUGUUGUAGCAAGCUAACAUUAGAGCUGUUAACCACAGAUUGGUAAAGGUAAUGUUAGCUGUAGCAACAAAGCAGUUACCCAGCACAUUACAAGAGUUUUAUUUUUGCGAGCAACGCUUUGUUAGACGUUAACGUAAGCUAGCGCCAGGGCUGUUCAUCACCAGGUUGCCGUCAGUGACUGUCGUGAGCUUUACGCGGACGCCCAAGGCUUCAUCCAGUCAGUCUCCCUCGAAUCAAUGAAACUGGAGUCUCUAUCGAGCACCUGUGAGUCAGUGAAGCUUGAGUCUUGGUUGAGCACCCGUGAGUCAGCGAAGCGCUGGUUAUUGUCGAUAUCCUUUAAAUCAAUGAAACUGGAGUCUCUGUCGAGCACCCGUGAGUCAGUGAGACGCGAGCCUUUGUCGAGCACCCAGUUGAAGAAACGCAGUUUAAAAGCAGGUUAAAAGUUAAAGUGGCACAGUACAGGAUGUCCCGAAAGUCUCAACAAAAAUCGACAAAAAAUCUACAAAAAUUGCAUAUAUUAUAAUGCAUAAAUUAAAAAAUAACUGAUUAUUUGAAUUUAAUAUACAAUAUAUAUAAUAUAUUCGUAUAAUAUACACGUCUUUUUCUACUUUUAAUAUUCUUUUUUUUUUAAAUAGUGAAUUUUUAUAUGAAUAUGUUAUGAAUUAAAUCAUUAUUUUCCUGCGGAACGUCCCUUAAGACGUACAAAUCGUUAUUCAACUAAUCCGAUGCGAUCCCUUUUUACACUAAACUACUCCAAAUUAUGAUACAAAUGAUAUUUUUCUCUAAUUUUGCUAAAUAGUCAAUAUAAAUUGCAGUCAUCAUCAUUUUCAGGUCAUCGACCUUUAGGGUACAAUUUGGAUGUUACUGAACAAAUCUCCCAAUGAUAACAGUGGGGGUUUUUUCCAAAAUAAAAGCAGUGUUCCACAUUAUUACACACAACAGAGUUUCAAAGCAUUUCACUGGUUGUUAACAACUGAAAAUGGUCAUUUGUUGAAUUUGCAGCAUCAGGAGGUCAUAUUUACUGAAAGGAAAAGCUAUUUUAAUGGCUAACAUUUGAACAGGCCAAGUUACAUGUUAACAUAAGAUCCCUCCUUUGAUAGAACCUUCUCAAUUCUUACGUUGAACUUGGAAGUUUUUGGAGCGUUUCUGCUUGAAUGUCUUCGCAAGAUGUCAGAAUAGCCCCCCCCACAGCUGCUGUUUUGCUGUGAUCUGCCUCCCACCCUCAAAGAUUUUCCAUAGGUUCUCGAUUGGGUUGAGGUCAGGGGAAAAAGGGGGGCCAAACCAUGAGUUUCUCUCCUUUUAUGCCCAUAACAGCCAAUGACAGCAAAGUGGGCAUCCUUUGCAUCAUGAGAUGGUGCAUUGUCAUGCAUGAAGGUCAUUUUGCUCCAGAAGAUAUGGUUCUUCAUAUUGUACCAUGGAAGAAAGUGGUCAGGCAGAAACGCUACAUGCUUUGCUGAGGUCAUUUUCACACCUUCAAUGACCAUAAAGGGCCUACCAGCUCUCUCCCAGUGAUUCCGAUCCAAAACACCACUCAGCCACCUUCUUGCUGACAUCACGUCCAUCCAGACCGUCAUCAGUAAACAGGAUUGUUUGAAAAUUCAUCUUCAUUUACUUGUCGGCCGACUGCAAGCGUUUCUGCUUGUGAGUAUCGGUUAGGGGUGGCCAAAUCGUAGCUUCCAGCAGCUUCAAAUACCUGUUUGCAGCUUCGUAAUGGCUUUUUAGCAGGCGCUCUCUUGAUUUGUCUGGCAGAAACCUUUCUCUUGAUGCCUUUAUCAGCACAAUCCCGGCGGUCGUCUGAAUCAGCCACAAAUUUCUUCAUCGUAUGGAAGUUUUUGUGAAUGAUUGAAUGUUUUCAUGCCUUUUCUUGCCUUGUCCGAGGCAUUGCAAUAUUUGACGCUUUUUUGUCAGCAGAUAGAUCCUUUUCUUUCCCAUAUUGCUUGGAAUCUGUGGCAUGCCUAAUAAUCAUUUUUUAAGUGGCUUUCUUUUAAUUGGGCUCACCUGGCAAAGUAAUUAUGACAGAUGUCCGAGACUGAUAUCAGGCAUCAAUUUCAUUGAAAAACAAAACAUUUUAUGUUGAUGAUACUAAAAUCCUAUUUGCAUAAUAAUUUGGAACACAGUGUAAACACACACACACAAACACACACACACACACACACACAUUUCUAGCCUUCCAAAGUGAUCUGGAUGAGACUGAUUGGCUUUAUAACGUAUCCUUUCCACCUUAGUGAUUUAUUCAUCUCUUCCUGUUGGCUCAUCCUCCACGUUCUGUCUCCUCCCGGUCGGAUAUCGGUGUGAUAAAUAAUUGAUCUACGUUAAAGAGACCACCUGGGGGGGAGGAGAGGUGUGCUGCAGCACGGGAGCCCUGUUGAUGUUUCAUUCAUGAAGGAUUGAACAAGGGAAGGUCCACCUUGUCGAGCGUACACACCCAAUGCGAUGAUCAGCGCUAUUUAUAGCAUCCACAGCACACUGGAGGAGGAGUCGGCAGCCAACACACACACACACACACACACACACACACACACACACGCACGCACGUUUACACAGCAAGGCCUGAUGAGAAUGCUGUGGUAGUUUCAUUCCAGGAAAGUUACAACAGUGCCAUCAAUCACUGUCAAAUCCUAAUUACAGAGAAAAAAAUCUUUGGAAAUCUAAUCUUCUUAAAAUCUCUGCCCCCACCCCCCCUCAGUCAUCGCCAUCAUUUACUGUCCGUGGCCGGGGACGGUAUGAAAGUAAACGUAACCUUAAAUGUUCAUUUAUCCCUUUCAUUCACCAUUUAGGCCAGGGGUGCACGAUAAUCAUCGGGACAGCAUUCAAAAUAGCUCCGAUAAUGAGGCGAAACUACCCGUGUUGUGCAGGCGAGCAAAUCGAGCGCUCCUUGUUUUCUCCUGCCUGGCGUAACAUCCUCUGAGCUCACUUGCAGACACAAGUGCAACAGGUUUGCCUGAGACCUCCGUGGCAUCACACCAGCUGCUCGGAGCGUGUGCCCGAAUACAGUGCACCUUGCUGGGCCACUGCAGGCGGCUCCCUCCCCUCUAUACUCUGGUUCUCCUGAUAGCAGUGAUGUGGUACCGACAGGUACAGGUUUAUGUCUUAACGUCCAUUUCGGUUCGAGUCGGACCUUCUGGAAGGAAUGAAUGAUGCUAACAAAGGUUGUACUAAUUUUGAAGGUUAUAUAUGUAUAGUGUAGGUGAAACUUUUUUUUUGUGAAACUCCUAUUUGUGAGUGUCAGGAACACUUUGACACCUUCUGAAAAAGAAUGGUCUCGUCUUUGGAGUCUCCACUCCAAAUGCUUCAAGCACUGACUUUGGGAAUGACUUCUUUUUUUGCUGUUACACAAGCGGAAAAAGAAGUGAAGCGCUGACGCUGGAGUCUUUGAAUGUGAGUCCGCUUGCUUCCUGCGACUUCCUGUUGAUGUCACCUCCAUUCGCAUCCUCCUUUUGAAGGAGGUGUUGCAACAAAAACCGAAGAAAAAGCACGCGCCACGCUUUGUUUUGCAGGAAAUCUGCGCUGCCGCACGAUACAGUAGCCCAUCUUGCGGCUGCUUUAUAGACGUGUCAUGUGAUCAUCUCUAAAUAGACUCUUAAUCAGCCCACGUGAACCAAUAACACGCACUUGCUUCUGCAUAUUAAUGACACGCGUACUUUAUGCUCUUCAUUUGCUGUGUGUGUACGUGUAGGCAGCUUGUGUCUCAGUUGGACACACAGGAAAUGGCCAUUUGGUCAGGAAGAGACGCACACUGUCCCACUCUGAACUAUGUACACACACACACACACACACACGCACGCACACACACGCACGCACGCACACUAAUGGAGGUCCAUUCAUGUGCAUUCACAUUAAAAAGAUUCUGACUUUGUUUGCCUUUGUAGCAGCUUUCUGUGUGAAUUAGAGCGUGUGGGGG